GCGCUACAAAAAUUAUUCUGCGCGUGCGUGAUUAUCUAAUGGUGGAUAUCGUGUGGCCAGUAUUUCUUGCUGGUAUUAUUUCUGUUCCAGACUUGAAUGAGGAUGAAAGGCUACGUGGUUGUUGUGAAUUUUCUCGUCCUUGUGUGUCAGUGUUCAACAAAACACGUCUCGGAUGAAAUUUUCCCUGGAUAUUCUGGAGAUGGUUCUGGCGAGGACACAACCACUAUAGUCAGACAGAUAUCGACAACAACAAUUAAAAUCUUAAAUGACGAUAAUGAUAUAGAUGACGUCAUUGCAACCACCAUUACGUCACAAACAGAUGACGAUUUUUAUAUCAACCAGACAACACAAGUCAACAAGGACCAAGGUAUCAACGAGAAGAACAAUUAUCCCAGUGGAUCUGACGAUAUCUCCGUGAAUGAAGAGGCGAUCAUUGGUCUGGUGAUAGUGGCAAGCUUGAUUUUCUGUUGUAUUGCAGUGCUUCUCGUAUUGAUCGUGCUGAGGAAGCGGAAAUCGUCACAGAAACAUAAUAUUCCCACAGUGUACCCACACUCUAGGAACUUUUUCAUCACAUCUACCAAAAACUGCAGCAAAAGUACCGAGGUUCUGGACGUCUCCGGGUCAACGUUUGAAUAUAUGAGGCAGUAGAGGAGAUUGAUGUAAAAGGCCGUAUCCUAGACGUUUCAGACGACGAUUGGCGCUGAAGUUGAAGCGCCGACCUUUAAGAGCAAAAUUACAUUUUUGAUUUCGUCAGGCGAACAAAUUAUCACAUGCACCGCGCAUUUUGGUUGGUCUCAGGUUUCAAAAUGAUCUUAUGAUUAUUUCUAAGGACUGAAAUGCAUAUUGUUAUCCUUUAUGAUGGUAUCAGACAAAAUGUAAUAGCGGAUCAUAAACGAAUAAAUACAACAUGACUUGUUAACCUCAUAUUUACGUUUCGUAACAGCACAGAAAAAAACUUUGAAUAAGCUUUGAGACAAUGGCAGAAGGACUCAAGAAAAUGUCCAUUGAUUAACGUUUGCAUGCAUCCCUAACAGCAAAAUAUAGAACAGUGCUGGUAUAAAGGGACGCAAACUAUUUACUACACUAAUUUAUUUUUGUUAAUAAUAAAAAAAAGAUGGAAAUUACACAUAAUUCAUUAAUGAUAAAUUAAUCUGAUAAUCCUGGUUAGCUUAACAUUGAAUACGUGGGUUUCCUCUGAGUACACUCGUGUCCUGCCACAUUAAUACCCCACGCACGCUAACAUCAGGGCCGACAAGAUUGAUUAAUAUCAGUUGAAAUAACUUGCUUCAUAAUUGUUGUAAAAAAACAAUUAUAUAAUACGUAACGGUCAUUUUCUUUAAUUGGUUUUAUUUAGAUCUGUUAAGCUUAUUUGGUUUCCGGUAAGUCAGUCUCUGGAUUCAUUGGGCAAUGCAUAAAGCUGGUCUGUUAUAAGAUAAUGAGUUUUGAAGAUGUUCAGAUCAUAGUUCACUCAACACCAACCACAAAACAUUUUGAAUAAAAUUAAUGUUUAUACAAGGUACAAUUUGGAUAACUCGUUUGUAGUACAAUUGAAGAAAAACAGUUAAAUAUAAUUUUCAGAUUACUUUAAUCAGCACGUUUCAGUAAAUAUCUUCCGUAUGGAGCUGAGUAGUUAGCGACUAUCGGAGAGGGCGUGUCAAUACUUCAUCCGCUUUAUUCAAUAUUCGCUUGAUAUCAUCAAGAAUCGCUGAAGUAGCUACAAAUAAGUUAAUUUAAUCAUUUGAUUCAAUAAGUUAUUUAUAUUUACCAAAAGACAAUAAUUAUUUCAAUAAAUACUAUUGUGACACUCCUACUGAUUACUGGUCUUCAAUAAUGUAGUAUUUUCCCAGUUAUGUAGUUUUCCUGCUGUUAAUUAUUCCGAUUUUUUGGUUUGAAAAGUUUGAAUAAAAGCAUUCAGAUACAUUUUUAAUUAGUCAAGUUGACUAGAACGUUGGAAUGGAAUCCAACAAUGAUGAAUAAUAAUUAUAACGUUAUGCAAAAAUAAUUAUUCUAUCAUAUUAACUCAAACUUAUUAAAUAUCUGACAAAAAAGUGUAAAUCUUGGGGGCGAGGUUUGUGAAAUAAAUGUUUUAAAACUU